GGUGAUCAAGUUGGGCGUUUGUAUCGGGCAUGAUCCCACGUGUUAACUUAUUCGUGAGUUUUUAGUUUCUGAAUUGUGGAUAUCUAAAUUUAUCUUUGAUUUAAAAUGUCUAAAACAAAGAUGAGAAAAAAUAGGAAGAAAGAAGGUUUCCAAAAAGGUGGACACAGUUUAAAUCCAGAUAGAGAAAAGACAAAGUCAGGUAUGAGGGAAAAAUCAACAAUCAAACGUUUAUUGAUGUACAAAAAUUCCAAACCAAAAAGAGAUAAUCGUGGAAAGAUUGUCAAGCCUGCACCUUUCCAGUCAACUCUUUCUUCUGGUUCUGUGGCUAGAGUAGCACCAAAUCAGAAGUGGUUUGGUAACACUAAAGUUGUGACCCAGUCAGCACUACAGAACUUUCAAAAAGAAUUAGGAAAAGUUAUUAAAGAUCCCUACCAGGUUGUUAUGAAACAAACAAAACUUCCUGUUUCACUGCUAAAUGAGAAAUCAAAGCAAGCCAGAUACCACAUCCUAGAUACUGAAAGUUUUGAAACAACAUUUGGACCUAAAGCUCAGAGAAAACGACCCAACAUCAAAGUUCCUGAUAUCCAGUCCCUGGUUACAACAGCUGAACAAUCAACAGGAAAAUAUGACAUCAGUAAAGAUUGUAACCUGGUUACCGAUGAUGUUGCAACUAAGCAAGAGCCAAGAGAAAUGAUCAUGACAAAGGGGCAGUCUAAAAGAAUAUGGAAUGAGUUAUAUAAGGUUAUUGACUCUGCAGAUGUUAUCAUUCAGGUUCUUGAUGCGAGAAAUCCAAUGGGUACUCGUUCUCAUCACAUUGAAAACUUCCUUCGGAAAGAGAAACCUCACAAACAUUUAAUUUUUAUCUUGAAUAAAUGUGAUUUAGUACCAACAUGGGUAACACAACGUUGGAUCAUGAUCUUGUCUGCUGAAUAUCCCACAUUAGCUUUUCAUGCUAGUCUAACAAAUCCUUUUGGUAAAGGUGCAUUAAUUGUUCUCUUGAGACAGUUUGCUAAGCUUCAUCAAGAUAAAAAACAAAUUAGUGUUGGCUUCAUUGGUUACCCAAAUGUUGGCAAAAGUUCCAUUAUUAAUGCUGUGCGAGCCAAGAAAGUAUGUAAUGUUGCACCAAUUGCUGGUGAAACAAAGGUAUGGCAGUAUAUAACACUGAUGAAAAGGAUUUAUUUAAUUGAUUGCCCCGGAGUGGUUUACCCAUCUGAUGAUUCUGAUACAGAAAUAGUCCUGAAGGGUGUGGUACGUGUAGAGAAUAUAAAAACUCCAGAGGAUCAUAUUCCAGCAGUUCUAGAACGUGUGAAGAAGGAGUAUUUACAAAAAAAUUACAAAAUUGAAGAAUGGAAUAAUGCCGAAGACUUUCUUGAAAAACUUGCAAAAAGAACAGGAAAAUUAUUAAAAGGAGGACACCCUGAUAUUCAUACAGUAGCCAAGAUGAUGUUAAAUGAUUGGCAGAGAGGAAAAAUUCCAUUUUUCACCAAACCACCAUUGUUAGAGGGUGAGGAGUCUCAAAUGAAUGAUUUGACAGAACGGCCUAAUAACAUAAGUCACGAAUUAUUAGAGGUGAAAGAUACAGCUGAAGAUGUUGAUUCUGUUACAAACUCACCUGAACCUCAUAUAAUACAAGACCUACACCGUGUUAAAGUUGGUCCAGAAUUUAUAGGAGAUGAUGUAAAGCCAUUAGAACAGCUCCCCGAAAGAGAAGUAUUUGUGUCUGAUGAUGAAGAAGAACUAGAGGAAGGUGCAGAAAAUGAUGAGAAAGUUAUACCUAAGAACACUCAAACCAUAACCAAAAAUGAUGAUUUAGUAUCUUUUGAUCAAGGUGAACAAUCUCUUGACAGGAUUAAGAAAGCAAAAGAUGGUGAUGAUCAUGUCAAUCCUGUAGUUGAGCUUGCAGAGAAUGAUCUUUCAACAUCUGGUGAUGAGAUCAUUGCAAUACACACUGACCAGGAUAUUAAAAAGACAAGCAGUGGAAACUUUGUUGUUACAUCUGGUGGAAAGAGUAAAAAGCGAAAAUUCAAAGAAGAUGCUGAGGUUUCAGACAAGAAACUUACUAGUAAAGAGAAAAGAAAACUGGAGCGAAAGAAGAAAAAAGUUGGGGUUCACUUUUAUGAAUAUGCUAAUGUGAAAAAUCGUAAUCGUAGGAGAAAAAAACCUCACAAUUUAAUUUAGAAGGGACAUUUAAGCCUCUAAACUCCAUUAUUUUGAUCACAUAUUACUUACAGGAAAUUCAAGCACUUUACCAUUCACCCUCUGAAUUCAUGUAUAUUAUUGGGUUACUGUUUCUGAUCCUGCCUACAAUGUGCAACAGUGAAAUAAAAAUAAAGGACUCACAGUUGAUAAGGCUAA